CAGGCAUACGUAUAUAAGUUUUUCAAAUCUGAUAUUUGUUUGGCUAAUUACUCGGGUUAUUUUUGUUAUUUCAAACUAAAUCGAUACACAAUGCUGUUGUAUCUGGUGUACAUGCAUAUAUGUGAAAAGGUUUCAACUAAAAAAACAAACAAAAGCAACAACUGCCACCAGUCUGUAGAUAUUUAUGAAAAACCUAAAUAUUUGUAUCGUUCCUUCAUUUCAUUGGUCGGUUUGAAUCCUUAGUGAUAACGUCAGCGCUUAUUGGUCACACGGGUACCGGUAACACGCUGUGACCAAUAGGAGCGCAGAUUCGGUUUAAGGCGGGAAGCUCUGAAAGGCCGGAACUUCCGCUGAAAUUUUUGUAUAUUUUAUUUGGAUUAAGCGCUUUGCUUGUACACGUCAGAUACAUGUACUUCUUUUGUGUGGGUUUUUAAUACGAGCUGUGACACUGGUCACUUGAUUUGUUUUCAUGGCUCAAACAAACAAAAUGUUCAUCGUCCAUGACACUGGUGUAUCAAAUAUAAUCCAGUGAGGGUAGAACCAUCCGUCAUGGAGCAGGUGUACAGGCUGCAGCGGGAAGUGGGUCGAGGCAGCUAUGGCGUGGUGUUUGAGGGCCAUGUGAUGGAGACAGGCUGGUGGGGCUGCAGAGGAGACACGGUGGCCAUCAAACGUUUGCCCUGCUGCAGCCCAGAAAGCAUUGAACUCUACCUGCAGGAGCUUUGGGCCAUGAGAGCCACUGCCAGUAGUCACCCGAAUGUCAUCGCCCUCCACAACUGCCUGCUGCAGACCGGCCCUAAAACGCUGCAGCCCCUGAAAUCCAACAAGCUACCGCUGGACCUCGUGGAGAGUGCCCUCAAAGGAAGGGUUGUGGACAAGGACUCUAAAAGUCAAGCGAGAAACCCAGACAGGUCGAGGAGGAGACUGCCGUCCGACUGGAAGUUGCCGAAACGGUGCAUGGCUUUGUGGCUGGUGAUGGAAUAUUGCGAUGGUGGAGACCUGAACCAGUACAUGCUGUCUAGGUGUCCAGACAUCCAGAGAAAUCAUGAGGUGGUUCGACAGCUCAGUAGUGCCAUGACUUUCCUGCAUGGAUUGGGUAUAGUGCACCGAGAUCUGAAACCGGCCAAUGUGCUCGUCUGCCUAACUAAAACUGGCCCAGUGAUCAAGGUGGCAGACUUUGGGCUGAGCAAGACCGUAGAAGGCCCAACAGAAGGGCAACGGAGGAGACUGGCCCUCUCCUCCACGUGUGGUUCAGACUUCUACAUGGCCCCUGAGGUGUGGGCUGGACACAGCUACACAGCCCAAGCAGACAUUUUCUCUCUAGGUGUUCUCUUCUGGGCCGUGCUGGAGAGGAUCACCUUCCUGGAAGACGGCUCCAACGAGGAGCAGCUGGGAGCAUAUGUGGAGAAAGGCCGCUGGCUCACACCGCUUGGAGAGGCUUUAUGUGAGAAUCCAGCUCUACAGUUGGUAAUCCCCAUGCGGGCACGACGGGCACCACCAUUGCCUCCAUCUCCAAGCCCUGACUUGUGUGCCCUGCUUUUGGACAUGCUGGCGUUUGACCCUGACGCUCGUCCCACCGCUCUACAGCUGCAGGAGAGAGUUUAUAGGGCCACAGACACUCACUGAUCUCAAAAAAAUUUUUAUUUGUUUACUUGGACCCAAUUAGACCGCCUCCUCUUUCUGCCCAUUCUGAGAACUUUAUGCUGAAUAUUACUGCCUGCCUUGUGGGAUGUGUAUUCUCUGUAUUUACUCGUGUGCCUGCGUUCACAUGCCGUCACUUUACAAAUAUUUUAAAAUAAAUGCUUGAAAUAUCUCUGCAGUAUGAAACAAUGCAAUUCUGAACAGAAGUGCAGAAGUUUGCUGAGCCAUAAUGUCUACAGUGGAAAAAAGUUUAUGCACCCCUGUUAAAACGGAGAGUUUUGGUGAUGUAAAAAAAAAAAAGGAACACAAUAUAAAUCAUGUCAGAUCUUGUUUCUGCCAUUAGUGUCGUGUAGCAACCAUCAAAAUUCACCAGCUGUUUCUGGAGGAUUUUCCUGACAUCUUGGUUUCAUCCGGCUGCCUAACUGACUGAAGAGCUUACAAAGCAUGUGCAGGGUCUCCUUGUCAAAAUGUAUUGGUCAGGAGAAGGGUAUAAAAGAAUUUCCUAAACAUAAGAUGUACCAUGGAACACUGUGAAGGCAAUCGUUAAUAAGUAGAGAAAAUGAGGGCACCACAGUGACCUCACCAAAAACAGGACCUGCCUUUUGAAUUGAGUGAAAGCACGAGAUGAAAACUUAUCAGGGAGGCUGCCAAGAAACCUACCGCUACACUAAAGGAGCUGCAGGAAUAUCUGCAAUUACUGCUCAAUCCCUGCAUGUGACAACAAUCUUGCCUACUUAGCGUGCCUCAAGGUCCCAUUCCAGAACCUUCACACUAUCUGUUCCUCGGUGGUGGAAUGAACCUCAAUCCAGACUGCAGAAUCUGUCACCAUCUUCAAGAAACAGCUAAAGACCCCUUAACACUUAACCAACCCCUAAAAAAAAAAACCUCUGCUCUGUGCACUUUGCUUCUUCUAGAACUCAAUUAACAGAUCUUGUAAGGUAGCACUACUUGUAUUGUUCUCUGCUUGAUACAUCACUUUGCUUGUAUUUGCUCAUUUGUAAGUCGCUUUGGAUAAAAGCGUCUGCUAAAUGAAUAAAUGUAAACGAUCUCUCGUAUUCUUCACAUCAGGGAUAUAGAUUAGGGUGGCUAGACGGAACCCCUUCCCCUCAUGGGGGGGGACCCCACCCAGGCCCAUCUAAACCAUCCCAAACCAUGUGGGGAAAUUGUGUUGUGUGUUCUGAUGAGGUCGAUGUACAAUGUUACGGGUAUAAUUCUAAACUACAUGUCUGGUGCAAAACCAAGUCAGCUGAUCACUCAAAGAACACCAUAUCCAUGGGGCAGCAGGGUGGAGGCAGCAUUACACUAUGAGGCUGCUUCUGUUCAGCUGGGACUGGGGCUGUAGUCAAGACAGAGGGAAUCAUGGAUAGCUCCAAAUACCAGUGUAGAUUGGCACAAAACCUACAGGCCUCUG